AUGGAUACGAGGGAGCAAAUUGACCAAUAUCGAGACCCGUAUGAUAGGAGGACACAACCCGUGGCGCAGAGCCAAUGGGAAAGAGACCAAGCCGCUAUUAAGCAAGAAGAGGACCUCUACAAACGCGAACAAGAACGAAAAAGGCUUGAAUGGGAGCGAAUAAAGCAACAACGAGAGAAUGAGCGAAACGGAAAUUCACGCUGGCCGGAGACGACCACUUAUAAAUAUACCUACCAACCCCCAUAUGGCGAUAGCCAAAAUGGCCGGUAUCCUGGUCAAAAGGUCAAUAAAGGAACCAUUGAGGGAAUGCUUAACGAUGCCGCAAAUCAGCAGAGAUAUCCUAAUCAAAACGAUAGAUACGACGAUCGCUAUGGUAAGCAACAAGGCCGAUACCCUGGGCAAACAGUCCCAAAAGGAACGGUCGAGGGGAUGAUUAAAGAUGCCGCACGCGAGCAGAGAUAUCCAAAGCGAAACGCGGGCAGCUAUCGAGAGAACACGAGAUAUAUCGCCACGGUAACCGUUCUCGGUGGCAACGUGCAACUCUUCGACCUUGGCGAGCCGGCCGAGCUGACCUGUGCCGCCACCGGAUCUAACCUUGUCGACCGUAUCGAGUGGUCUAGGGUGCAAGACCAACUGCCCCAAGACGUCGAGGAGCACAACGAGCAGGGUGUUCUCCACUUCCCGUCGUUCAAGGCCAACUACGCUGGAGAGUACGAGUGCCGUGGAUUCCGAGGAAGCGAGGUCAUCGCCACCUCCACCGUCCACGUCCACCCCAGCAGCGAGGACGUUGAGGAGGCCAGGGUUACCAUCGACCCACCCCGGGUCCGUGUCGUGACUCAGGGUGACGCUAUCGUUCUGAACUGCGCUGUCGAGGGAGCCAAGGGCAACGAGCACUUCGCGUGGCACCUGCUGCGUGGAGGACAGAUCAUCCGCAACCUCGCCAAGACCCCUCGGCUCCACAUCGCCCAAGCCGAUGCUGGAAAUGACUACGGUGUCUACAAGUGCGAAAUCGAGGACGACAACGCGCAAGUCAUCGGCGCCGCCUACGCUGCCGUCACCAUUGGACAUUCAGCGAAAAAACCGGCCGAGAUGAAGUUUGACGAGAACGCCGAGGCGGUGCUAAACUGCCCCGUGUACACGGUACCCGGAUCAAAGGUUGAAUGGAGCCGCCAGGACGGUGAUAUGCCCAGCAAGGUGCAGCAGAACCAGAGUCGUCUUGUCAUCAAGGACUUUGAUGACGACACGGCCGGCCUCUACGUCUGCAAGGUCAACAUCGAUAACCACGUCGUCGAGGGCUACGUUGAUGCCAUGAUUUCUGUCCCGGACACCAUCAUCCAGGUGCUGCUCGAGCCAUCCAGCGAGAACGUGCAGGUUGGAGAUCGGCUGUGGUUCGACUGCAAGGUCACUGGAGAUGACACUGCCAACGUUACCUGGGUUCGGGAGGGAGAGGAUUCUCUGCCCGACAAUGCUCAGGGCCAAUACUGCGACGAAACGAUCACUGAAGUCCCAAAGGUCAUCUCGUUCUCCGGAGACAACGCUUUUCUCGCGCUUCCCGCUCCUACUCAAGUCGAGAACUUCACUGUGUCAAUGAGGGUCAUCCCACCACGAGAGCCCAAGAACGAGUCGAUGCUGUUGUUCCUGGCUUCGUCUUAUGCUGUGGAUGCUGAAGGGUUCUUGAAUAUCGGGAUUGUCGACGAUAAGAUUCAACUGAUCUACAAGAACCGGGCAGGCGGCCGUUGCCGAUGGCCCGACCUUUGCGCUAACCACCGCUGCGGCGUCAACGGCGUCUGCCGCCAGCUGAACGAGAGCCACUUCGAGUGCGAGUGCAAGAUCUAUUACGACGGGCCGAAUUGUGAUAUUUUCAAGCCCAUCGAACACGCCGCGAGGUUUAAUGGUGACGCGUUUAUCGAAAUGGCUGGAGACGAUUUUCCGCAUCUGAGCAGCGAGCUGGAGGAGACGAUCGAGUUCAAGUUCAAGACGAGCCGCAUGAAUGGGGUAAUCUUCUGGCAAGGUCAAAACCCCGACCAAUCCCUCGUUGGCGAGGACUACGUGUCGAUCGGCAUCCGAGACGGCUUCUUAGUUUUUGCCUACGAGCUCGGGGGAGGCGCCGCGGAGAUGGUCAGCAUUUUCCGGGUUGAUGACGGGUUGAUGCAUAAUGUCUUGGCAAUCCGAAAGGGGCGUGAUGGUGCCCUGUUCGUAGACGAGUUCCCUCCAGUUAAUGGAAGUAGCAGUGGGAUUUUGGCGAUGUUGAAUGUUGAUGGAAAUGUGUAUAUUGGCGGCGUCCCCGACCUGAAAUUCAUGACGGGCGGGCUGCACCGCGCCAACUUUGACGGUUGCGUGGCGGACGUGACGUUGAAUGGAGACAAAAUGGACCUGAUGGGAUCGGCGGUUGAUGGGCGAAACGUGCGACCAUGCGAUGAAUGGGUCGCACCCAAGAGGUUCCUGCAUAGGCAUCGCAGGGAGGCUCCUUCGCCACCCCUCACCAAAACCGAGGCCGAUCAGAUUGAUGCCGCACUGGAUUUGCGAAUCCGGUCGCGACAUCGCUGGGGCCGCAAGGAAAAGUUUUUCUUC